AGAACUAAACCUUCAGAGCGCGAAAUUAGCACCAAUAAAGCCUUCCGGGAAAUGUGUAUACUUUUCUCGUUUACUACACCAAACCAGAACAAAGAACUUCUUUCCCCCAAACCCACUCCUGCUCUCAACGUUUCCAAGUGAUCAGAACUAGGGUUUUAAGAAACCCACCUUAUCUCGCUGUCUCCCACAUUUCCUUAAAUCAUUAUUAUCAGUAUCCUCAGCUCGUAACUGUAUCAAAGUUUGUUAAUGGUUCUUUUAAGUCAAGCAUGACUAGAUCUCGGGUUACAAUUGGAUAUUUGGUUUCAGUAAAGACCAAUUUGGAUGAGGAGGAUGAAUCAAUCCCCAAGAUAGAAAUAUUUGAGGGCAUCAAUUUUAUUGGAAGAGAUGAUAUGUCGGUCUCGGAUAAACGAGUGAGCCGGAAACAUAUUAGUUUGAAUGCCUCGCUUGAUGGUUCUCUUGAAGUGACUGUGGAGGGAGGGAAUCCAAUUGCUAUUAAGUUUGAGGAUGGAAGGAAGAAAUUGGUUUCUAAAGAGAGUGCCAUACUUGUACAUGGGGAUAUAGUAGAGUUGAUUCCUGGGCAUCACUUUUUCAAGUAUGUGAAAUCAGCUGUUAACGAAGUUACAUUGUCUUUGGGUACUAGCAAAAGGUUUGACAUGAAACCCGGUGAAGAUGAAAAUAUAAAUCUAAAGAGAAAGCGGCAAAUCGAUGAAGAUGAAGCUCUUGCAAGAACUCUUCAGGAUGAGAUGAUAAGAGAUGUCUCCUCUCCAAAAAGAAAUAUGGUGACAGGAAGUUCUAGUUACCCUAUAAAUCAGGGGCAGACCAGCUUCGACUCUCAUGAUGGUUCCGGAACUAUUCGUCAGUUUGAUGUUGCGAAGGAUAAACUUCCUUUAGGUUUCCGACUUCUGCGAGUCAAAGGGCUGCCUUCAUGGGCAAAUUCCUCCACAGUUUCGAUCCAAGAUGUGAUUCAGGGGAAUGUGCUCGUGGCUGUUCUUUCAAAUUAUAUGGUUGAUAUGGAUUGGUUGAUAUCUGCUUGCCCAACUCUCACAAGGAUUCCCCGCGUGCUUGUAAUUCAUGGUGAAGGCGACGGGACAGUGUCUCAUUUGCAGAAGAACAAGCCUGCGAAUUGGGUUCUGCACAAGCCUCCGCUGCCCAUUUCAUAUGGUACGCACCAUUCAAAGGCCAUGUUCCUUGUCUAUCCUAAAGGUGUGCGUGUUGCUAUACACACUGCAAACUUGAUACAUGUUGACUGGAACAACAAAAGUCAAGGUUUAUGGAUGCAAGAUUUUCCUUGGAAAGAUCAAAAUGACCAAAACAAAAGAUGUGGAUUUGAAAAUGACUUGGUUGAUUAUCUCAGUGCGCUAAAGUGGCCUGAAAUUGAAGUCAGUUUACCAGUCAUCGGCAGUGUCAAGAUCAAUUCAUCAUUUUUCAGGAAGUUUGAUUAUAGCAGUGCGGCGGUUAGACUAAUUGGAUCAGUUCCUGGGUACCACACGGGUUCCAACCUGAAAAAAUGGGGACACAUGAAACUUCGUAGUGUUCUGCAGGACUGUGUUUUUGAUAAAGAAUUUCAGAAGUCCCCGCUCGUGUAUCAGUUUUCCUCUCUUGGUUCUUUGGAUGAAAAGUGGAUGGCCGAGUUAGCAUCAUCAAUGUCAUCGGGUUCCACUCAUGAUAAAUUAUCUCUGGGCCUCGGGAAAGAACUUAUAGUUUGGCCUACAGUUGAAGAUGUCAGGUGCUCUUUAGAGGGCUAUGCAGCUGGCAGUUGCAUUCCGAGCCCACAAAAAAAUGUGGAGAAAGAUUUCUUGAAAAAGUAUUGGGCCAAAUGGAAGGCGGACCACAGUGGUCGCAGUCGUGCAAUGCCUCAUAUUAAGACGUAUACCCGGUACAGUGGUCAAAACCUUGCUUGGUUUCUUCUGACCUCGGCAAAUCUUAGUAAAGCUGCUUGGGGUGCACUCCAAAAGAAGGAUUCUCAAUUGAUGAUCCGAUCUUAUGAGCUGGGGGUGCUUUUCUUGCCUACAUCUAUAAAUAAAGAUUGCAGUUUUUCUUGUACAGAUAAUGGUGGUUCCACAGAGGUUAAGUGUGAAUCUUCAAAAAAUGGUGAAGAUUGCCAGAUGAAACUGGUAACUCUGUGUUGGAAAGGAAGCAAGAAUACAGAUUCAUCAUCUGAAGUUGUAACGCUGCCAGUUCCCUAUGAACUACCUCCACAGCCAUAUUCCUCUCAAGAUGUUCCUUGGUCAUGGGAUAAACGGUACUUCAAGAAAGAUGUCCAUGGUCAGGUCUGGGCUAGAUGAGUGUGAGUGCAGUAGAUCAAAGGAGGUCUGCUGAAUUGUAAUUUUAACAAACACUUUGCAUUUCUAGGUUGUAACAAAUAUCAUUUUCAGAAAAAAGGCAAAUACUCGUGCUUGCAGACUGUUUGAUUCUGCAUCAUGAACUUAUUAAGAAGUCCCGAGCUCUUUUGAUAUU